AUGCUCAAAGACUCUGUGGGACACGUUAUCGGGUUGUGCGUCAUCGUUGCCUGCAUGUCUGCUAGCCAGGAUUGGGAGUUGCGGCUGUACAACUCUGUGUGCAGCGACCGUACAGUGCAUCGUAUGCCUGCAUGUCUGCUGCCAGGAUUGGGAGGUACGGCCAACUCUGUGUGCAGCGACCGUACAAACAGUGGCCAAUCACUAGAACCUCGGGACAAGCCUUGUGGGACACGUCAUCGCAUGCCUGCACGCCAGGACUGGGAGAUGCCAGGAUUGGGAGGUGCGGCCGUACAACUUUGUGUGCAGUUCGCCAGGAUUGGGAGGUGCGCCGUAUAA